UAUUGAGAUCAGGACAAGACAACUAGAUUGAAGAGAUCCUAUAAUUUGUUGUGCGGAAAGUAUUGAAAGCAAUCAUUUUUUUGUUUGCAUUCACAUUUGACGGUUAAAGCUAAGAUUACCUAAUCGUAUGAAACAAACUAUAUAAGGAAAUAUAAAACGAAUUUACUGAAUAAUCUAAAGAGCUGUGUGAAGGGACCUUUUUUAACGUCUUCUCAAAAGGUCCCAAAAUAUGGAGCAAGAUACAGAAUAUGUGAAAUUGCCAUUAGAAGAACGCUGUGUACAUAAGUCAUGGAGGGCAAGAUUACAUGGAUAUGAAGAAUGUGUAAAAACAUUUCAAUGCAUAGAUGAUGAAAAAUCGCCUGAAUGGAAUAAGUUUUUAGGCUUCGUUAAGAAAUUUGUAUCGGAUAGCAAUGCUGCGGCACAAGAGAAAGGUUUAGAAGCUGUGCUAGCUUUUGUGGAAAAUGCGGCUGUUGCUGGAAAAACGGUUGGUGAAGUUAUGAAUGGAAUAGUGACUAAAUGUAUCGCUGCACCCAAAGCUAAAACGAAAGAUUUAGCAGUACAAAUAACAUUAAUGUAUAUAGAAAUAGAAAAACAUGAAACAGUACAAGAAGAAUUACUUAAAGGGACGGAGGCAAAAAAUCCUAAAAUUGUAUCUGCCUGUAUUGCCGCUUUGACUCUUAGUCUAAGCGAAUUUGGAUCAAAAGUUAUUAAUGUCAAGCCUCUGAUAAAGAAAAUUCCUAGUUUUUUAGAAGAUAGAGAUAAAACAGUUAGAGAAGAAGGUAAAGCAUUGGUCAUUGAAAUGUACAGAUGGAUAGGCGUUCCAUUGAAGCAGCAAUUAAAUACCUUAAAACCAGUACACAUUACAGAAUUAGAGACGGAAUUUAAUAAUUUAGGAAAUGAAAAAGCUGUACCUAAACGUUACUUGAAGUCACAAAAACCGAAAACAACAUGUGUUGUUGAUCCAAUAAUGGGUGACGAUAGUGAAGGCGAGAAGGAAGAAAUUGAUAGAGAUAUAGCAUCAGACAUAGAUCCGUAUGAAUUAUUAGAUCCUGUUGAUAUACUUUCUAAAUUACCUAAGGACUUCUAUGAAAAAUUAGAAGCUAAGAAAUGGCUAGAAAGGAAAGAAGCCUUGGAAAUUUUGGAGAAACUUGUAUCAAAUCCAAAAUUAGAAAGUGGUGAUUAUGGAGAAGUAGUUAAAGCCUUGAAAAGGGUAAUAUCCAAAGAUACCAAUGUGUUGGUCGUUGCAUUAGCAGGAAAAUGUCUAACUGGCUUAGCUACAGGUUUAAGAAAACGAUUUCAAUCUUAUGCAACAUCGUGUCUGGCUGCUAUUUUGGAGAAAUUUCGAGAAAAAAAGCAAAACGUUGUACAAGCUCUCCGAGAAGCUGCUGAUGCAAUUUUUGGCAGCGUUACAAUUGAUCUUAUAUUGGAGGAUUCACUCGCUGCGUUAGAAAAUAAAAAUCCAGCAGUAAAAGCAGAAACUGCUGCUUAUUUAGCAAGAUGUUUCGCUUGUACUCCUCCAUCGAGUUUAAAUAAAAAAUUAUUAAAAGCAUAUACAACAGCACUUUUAAAAACAUUGAAUGAACCAGAUCCUACUGUUAGGGACAAUUCAGCAGAAGCGAUUGCGACAGCAAUGAAAUUAGUUGGAGAAAAAGCCAUGAUGCCAUUUUUGACGGACAUAGAUAAUUUAAAAAUGGCUAAGAUUAAAGAAUGCGCAGAAAAAGUUGUAAUAGUAGUUAAACUUCCACCUGCCCAAAAGUCUUCAAAACCUAGACCAAAAACAGCACCAGCUAAAGUAGAGCAAAAUACAAAAGCAAAAGAAAAUGAAACUAAACCAAUGAAAAGAUCUAAUACUACAACUAAACAAGGUUUAUCGAGAAAACCAAUUUCUUCUUCUUCGACAAAUUUAGCUUCGAAAAAAUCUUCAAAUAUGAAAAUAGAAAAAGAUUACAGUACUGAAGAAAUAGAAGAAAUUGCUUCACAAAUUUUACCAAAUGAAGUUAUUUCGGGACUUGUAGAUAGUAACUGGAAAACUCGAUUGUCUGCUGUUGAACAACUUUCUCAGAUUGUAAAGGAUUUGGAGCCAACAGAUGUAUCUACACAAGUCAUUGUAAGAACAUUGGCAAAAAAAUCUGGCCUGAAAGACAUGAACUUCCAAGUUCUCAAACAUAGAUUGGAAAUUAUAAAAAUGUUGGCAGAUAAUCACCCAUUUUCAUGCACUGUUUCUGGAUAUUGCAUAACAGAUAUAACAGAAAAACUGGGAUGUGCAAAAAAUAGUCCAGUUGCAUCCGAGACACUUUUAUCAAUAGCAAGUGCUACUAGUUUUGAAUAUGUGGCUAAUGAAAUACUUUCAUUUGCAUUUAGUCAAAAGAAUCCUAAAGUUCAGCAAGAAACAUUGCUUUGGUUGAGUAGGGGUCUUAUAGAAUUUGGCUGCUCAGUUAACGUUAAAUCUUUAAUAGACAAUAUAAAGAAAGCAGUAGGGGCAACUAAUCCUGGUGUGCGUACUGCUGCUAUAACACUAAUUGGCACUUUAUAUUUGUAUAUGGGAAGACAACUGCUUACAUUUUUCGAUAAUGAAAAACCAUCUCUUAAACAACAAAUUGAACAAGAAUGUGAAAAACAUAAUGGUGAAACUCCACCUGUACCUAUACGAGGUACCAAAAAUAAGAAAAUGAGAAGCGAUGAUGCAGAUGAACCUGAAAUUAAUGAAAAAGUUGAAAGCAAUGAACCAAAUAUAAAUGACUUAAUUCCACGGGUUGAUAUUAGCAAUCAAAUUACAGAAAGUCUUCUUAGCGAAUUAUCUGAUAAAAAUUGGAAGGUACGGAAUGAAGGAUUACAAAAAAUAAGUGCUAUAUUAAAUGAAUCCAAAUUUAUAAAGGGCUCUAUCGGUGACUUACCACAAGGAUUAGCAUUGCGAUUAAUUGACAGUAACAGUAAAAUUGCGCAGUCAACUUUAGGUAUAUGUCAGACAUUAGCUGUAUCAUUGGGUACAUCAGCAAAACAACAUUUAAGGAUUUUAUUACCUGGUUUUAUACAAUGCCUUGGAGAUAGUAAGGUUUGGAUAAGAACUGCUGCGAUUUCAUGCAUCGAUACAUGGGGAGAACAAUGUGGUUACAAGGAAUUCUUCGAAGGAGAAAUUAUAGGUGAUGCUUUAAAAUCUGGAUCACCAACACUUAGAGCUGAAUUGUGGACUUGGUUAUCUCAGAAAUUACCAUUAAUUCCUGUAAAACAAAUACCGAAAGAGGAACUUCUUGUUUGUAUACCUCAUUUGUAUAGUAAUUUAGAAGAUAGAAAUUCUGAUGUAAGAAAAAAUGCUCAAGAAGCUGUACUUGGAUUCAUGAUUCAUCUCUCUUACGAAGCAAUGGCUAGAAAUACAGAAAAAUUAAAGCCUGGUUCAAGGACAGUGGUGCUUGCUGCUUUGGACAAAUCUCGACCUAAUUUACCUAUAAAACCGUUAUCUAAGAAACAAUUAUCCGAUGAAAAUAUACAGAAAACUGUUAAAAGUGGAGGAGCUGCAAAAAUAGCUAAAGCAGUAGUCAAACCAAAGGGUGGGGCAUCAUCGAAACCAGGAAGUGCUCGUAAAAAGGAUGAAGAUGUUGAUAACAGUCCUCUGCUAGUCACCAAUAAUCUUAAACAUCAACGAGUCAUUGAUGAACAAAAAUUGAAGGUUUUAAAAUGGAAUUUCACAACACCGAGGGAAGAGUUUGUGGAAUUACUUAAAGAACUUAUGACUGCAGCUAACGUAAACAAAACUUUAAUGACAAAUAUGUUUCAUUCUGAUUUUCGAUAUCAUUUAGAAGCUAUCAAAUCGUUAACCGAGGAUCUUCCUGGUAAUAGUAAAGCAUUAGUAUCAAAUCUCGAUCUUAUUCUUAAGUGGUUGACUUUGAGAUUUUUUGAUACUAAUCCUUCUGUAUUAUUGAAAGGUCUGGAGUAUUUGCAAACUGUUUUCAAUUUUUUAAUAGAGGAUCAGUAUCAUAUGUUAGAAAAUGAAGCUGCUUCGUUUAUUCCUUAUCUCAUUAUUAAGAUAGGAGAUCCGAAAGAUGCUGUACGUAAUGGUGUACGUGCAUUAUUUAAACAAAUAGCACUUGUAUAUCCUGUCAGCAAAAUAUUUUCAUAUGUAAUGGAAGGCCUAAAAUCUAAGAAUGCUCGUCAAAGAACAGGAUGUUUGGAUCAAUUAGGAUCACUUAUCGAGAAUUAUGGAAUUAGCGUAUGUCAACCAUCUCCAGCAACAGCAUUAAAAGAAGUUGCAAAACAAAUAGCAGACCGUGAUAAUUCUGUUCGGAAUGCUGCUUUAAAUUGUAUCGUACAAGCAUAUUUUCUUGAAGGUGAAAAAAUAACUAAACUGGUUGGUCAGAUAUCAGAAAAGGAUCAAUCGUUGUUGGAUGAACGUAUUAAAAGGGCAGCAAAAAAUCGUCCAAUAAAAUCAGCAUCUUCUACCAGGAUUGUACCUACAAUAGCGGAUACCGUUCCACUGACGGAAGAUGUAGAAAGUGACUAUAAAGAAGACAAUGAAGAAGUCCCGGAACAGGAUGAUAUGGAUGAUGAAAUGACUAAUAAUCUGACGAAAAUUAUAACAACCAAAACUGGAGAUAUUGAUUCAAAACAAUCAAAGGAAUCUUGUAUCGUUGCGCGAUCAACUUGCGAAGUUAGAAAGGAACUUGAUCAAGAUACUCAUCUACAUCCUAAAAAUGAUAAAGGCGAUAUUAACAUGAAUCCACUUCCAAUAGGGCAAACAGAAGCUAUUGGACCUUUCGGAUUAGAUAUGGAUUUUCUACAAAAAAUUGAAUCGAGUGCUCCAGUCAAAUUUAGAAAUCCUGUUCUUCAAGAUACUACUAUAUCUGAUAUCGAUGAACCAAUUAAACUUAAUUCUACUAAAACCCAAAUGAUACCAAUAUCACCACCAAAAUUGUUGAUACCAAAAUCAGCAACAGUAUUACCCGAAGGGCCAUCUAAUUCUAAAGAUGAUAAUCUUGAACAUACUAUACUCGCAAUGGCUAGUCUUGACUUACCUACAGCCAUACAAUCAAUGAACAGUAUUGAUAAUUUAUUAAGAUCGCAUAAAGCUUAUUUAUUACAGUCGAAGGAAGAUAAAUUUAUUAGUUCAGUGAAUAUGCAAUUAAAAUUUCUACAAACGUAUCCUUUGCAUCAAGGAAGCACGAAUGUAUCCAAAGGUUUUAGAACUACUUUUAUGGUAAUCCUCACGUUUUAUGAUACCGGAAUACUUGCUAAAAAUGUACCACUAAUACAUUUGAAAGAACUUGUCGAACAAAUGAUCACUUUACUUGCAGAAUGUAAAUUAGAACGUUUGCAUGAAGCUGAAGCAUAUAUCAGAGUAGUAAAUAACAUAGUUGUUAAAAUAAUCGACAAUUCAAAUCACACAACAAUUAUAUGUGUAUUAAUAGAACUACUUCAUGCAUGUGCUGAAUCAAAUGUUCCUCCAAAAUAUGAAGAAUUGGUAAUGAAAUGUUUGUGGAAAAUUGUUAAAACGUUCCCAAAUUGGGCAGCUGACUUAGAUUAUGAUAUUAUUCUCUUAGAAGUUCAUCGAUUUUUGAAGGAUUAUCCAACUACUUGGUGGAAAAAGCGUUCUUCUGAUACUCCAUUAAGAACAAUAAAAACAGUUCUUCACAGUAUGACACGUGUUAAGGGAAGCACAAUACUCAGUCAUUUAACAAAAAUAAAUAACACUAAUGAAUCAGAAUUACAUUCUUAUUUGAUAAGAUUAAUUGCCACGUUUAAACCGGAUGAACUAAAUACAACUUCAAGGCUAACGUCAAAGACAAAUAGUACAGCAAAAAUGCAAAAACAUUUAUCAAAAUCUACUCAUCAACAGUUGGCAGAAAUCUUCAAAAAAAUUGGAUCAAAGGAACAAAUGCAAGAGGGUUUAAUGCAACUUUAUGAUUUUAAACUUCAAUAUCCUGACGCAGAUGUUCAACCUUUCUUAGUUAAGUCGCACCAGUUCUUCCAGGACUUUAUAGAACAAGGAUUACGAGAAAUAGAUCGGGCACGACGAAAUCAAGGAGUUAUACCGCGAAUGAAUAAUUACAGCUCAGAAUCUACUACAACUCCUGAAAUAGAGGAGAAAAGUCUACUGGACCCAAUGCACAGGCUUGAAAAACUCAGAUCACUUGAAGCACGGUGUAGAACAACUUCUAGUCAGUCAAAUCCAGUAUGAAUUCUCUACGUAAUCAAUAUAUAAUUUAGGUAUCCAAUAUUUGAAGGAUUAGCUCAUACAGUAUAAUGUAUGAUACGUACACCCACCCUAUUAUAUUUAAUAUUUUCCAUUGUUAUAUGAUAACAUUUAUUAGCAUGGCCUCCUUUAUAAUAUAAAAAGCUAAUUAGUAUAAAACGAGGGAAGCGUAGUGUAAAUACAGAUAUUGCGUAUAACUUAAUUUAAUUUCCUCAUGUAUUGAUGUUUCCAUAACAUAUAUAUAUAUAUAUAUAUAUAUACACAUUAUAAACUUAGGAUAAACGAUAAGAAUUUUCCUUAAAAAAAAAAAAUGUUUCAUUUACAUAGUUAUUAAAAGAUUACUUUUCAAUCGUAAAUUUAAGAAGUAGCUCUUGAUUAGACAAAAAUAAACAAAUAAAUAAAAAAAUUAAGUGAUAAUGAAAAUAAUCUUUGUAAAAAAUAGUUUGAAAUGGAAUGUUCACUUACAAAGAAAUAAAUAAUUCGAUGCAAAUUCUGUAUUUCUAUAAUGGCAUAUGUGUAUUAUAUUAAUAAAUUUUAAAUAUGCAAAUACAUAGAACAGAAAAGAAAAUAUAGAUUAUAAAUUUG